GUUCUGUGAUGUUGGACUGGAGGAUAUCAUGUCUUCUUCUGCAGGCGGCUGUCUUGCUGCUGCUCAGCAAGGGGGAGAGGAUGUGCCCCGCGAGUUGUCGCUGUGAAGGGAAGAUUGUUUAUUGCGAGUCUGGCAUCUUCCAAGACAUUCCAGAAAACAUCACCACAGGAUGCCAAGGUCUGUCUCUGCGCUAUAACAACCUGCUGGUGCUGCUGCCCUACCAGUUCGCUCAUCUCAAUCAGCUGAUCUGGCUCUACUUGGACCACAAUUCCAUCAACGCUAUAGAUGCUUUAGCCUUCCAUGGCGUGCGCAGGCUCAAGGAGCUCAUCCUCAGUUCCAACAAGAUCACCCGUCUGCACAAUAACACGUUCAGCGCCAUACCAAACCUGCGGAACCUGGACCUAUCCUACAAUCAGCUACAGUCUCUGCAGCCGGGACAUUUUUAUGGUCUGCGCAAGCUACAGAAUCUCCACCUUCGAUCUAACGGGCUGAGACAGAUCCUCAUUCGUACCUUUCUGGAAAGCCGCAGCCUGGAGUUUCUGGACUUGGGUUAUAAUCGCUUGCGGAGCCUCACCCGCACAACGUUCUUAGGGCUGUACAAGUUAAAAGAACUUCAUUUAGAGCACAAUCAAUUUUCCAGGAUUAAUUUCUUCAUUUUCCCACGCCUUACCAACCUGCAGGCUCUUUAUUUGCAAUGGAACCGCAUACGGUCCAUCAAUCAAGGCGUGCCGUGGACGUGGCACAAACUACAGAAACUGGACCUGUCUGGGAACGAAAUCCAAAUCUUGGACCCUGCGGUUUUCCAGUGCAUGCCGAACUUACAGACACUCAACCUCGAAUCAAACAAGCUCAGCAGUGUGCCUGUGGAGGCCGUGGCGGCGUGGACGUCGCUAACCACCGUCAGCCUGGCGGGAAACGCCUGGGACUGCAGCCCCAGCAUCUGCCCUCUCAUGGGCUGGCUCAAAAACAUCAGAGACUCCAAAGACAUCAGCAUGAUCUGCAGCAGUCCCAAGUCUGUGCAGGGAGAGAGAGUGGUGGACGUAGUGAGGAAUCACUCCACCUGUGUGGAUGUGUUCUCCACAACGUCGCCUGCACAGGGAUUAACCCCUUCUUCGCCCGUCCGUCCUGGUGUUACAGACAGAAAGACGACAGAGUCCACAACCCUGAGCUCCGCAUCUCCCAUCUCCCCUGAACCCCCGACAUCGUUUAUCCCGGAGCUACCGUUCGAACAUAUGGCUUUCCAUAAAAUCAUUGCAGGCAGCGUAGCCCUGUUCCUGUCGGUGUCAUUGAUCCUUCUGGUUAUUUAUGUGUCGUGGAGGCGCUACCCCAACACCAUGAGGCAGCUGCAGCAGCACUCAGUCAACCACAAGCGCAGGAAAAAGGCCCGCAAGCAGGAGCAGGACCUUAACUCUCAGUUGCAAGAGUACUACCUGAGCUACCACUCAAACUCAGAGACAAUGGACACUCUGGUGAAUGAGACGAGGCCGUGCACGUGCACCAUAUCAGGAUCCAUAGAGUGUGAGGUCUGAGCCACCUUAAGAGACUAAAACGGCAAUUGCUAAGCAGAGGUAAAAUGUUUUUUCCAAGAGAUUAAGUGGUUUUAUCUCUAAUGCGAGAUGAUAGAUUCUGCGGCUCUGAAGGAAAUACUUGGGGGCAUAGUACAAUAUAAUUAUGUGCACAGAGGAGAA